UCCUUGGAGCCACAGACCCAACCGGAGUCUCUCAAUGCCGUGCAGUUUCCCUUCAACCAGCCUGGCGCCGACCGAGGCGGCGGCGGCGGCCUCAGCGGGCCCGGGAGCGUGAGCAGCAUCAUCCUACAGCAAGAGAAACGGAGGCAUGGAGGGAUGGUGGCGUGGGUCGCUCAGAGCCAUGCCCAUUUGAGCACUGAAUCUCUCCAAGGAUGGAGGUUCCCCACCUCUCCGAGCCCCUUUUCCAAUGUCUUACUGCCUUCAGGGUGAACUUUUUUUUUUUUUUCUAGUAUCUAAUGGGAAUUUCCCAAGUUCCAGCUGGUCCUUGUUGCUUCUCGGCCCUCUACCAUGCCCUUGCAUGGGGGUUCUUCCACCCAGAGGCAGGUUUUGGUAUUCGUCUUUGCUGAACUUCAUGAGGUUUCUUGCAGCCCAUUUCUCCAGCCUAGCGACGUCCCCGCAUGCUAAUGUAACCUUAACAGCCUAUGAUACCUUGCUGAGGCUGAGGCAGGUAACAGCACUAUCAGCAAAGCACCACGAGCACAAUUUUGAUAAGAUACGAAGUGACGAAGGAGGCAGGAGAAUUUUUUUCAAAGGGGCAGGGAGCCGUUACGAUCGCCUCCAGUGGCUAUUGCUAGGCAGGCAAGGGGAAGGCCAGUCGAAUGAUUCAUUUUGCAGCGUCCCACAGGGCCGGGAUCUCUCCAGCGGGUCUCUUGCUCCCUCCUGUGCUGAGCACAGCCACGAUGCAGGCCUGGGCUUGCGGCCAGAGCUCAGAUCUAAAUGUGCAGCUUGCAAAUGCAGUUUUUAAUCUCCUAACCCACCGGCUUCUUUGCAAAACUCUGCUCCUGCUUGUGGGUAAUCCACCUCCGUCCUGGUCUGAGCUGUUUUGCCAACAGAAGCAUUGCUUGCAGCCGUGGAGGCAGACCUUCUCGGUGACGGUAUUAUUUCUGCUCUGGGGUAAAGCCGGGCUUUCACCUCCCUGUGCCCGCUGGUGUUGAGGAAUCCUAGUGGUUGGCUAAGUGGGAGAGAGUCUGUCCGGCCACAGACUUACGUCCCACCUCCUUGCCGCCCACAAGCUUGGGGUCGUCCGGCUGCCGGGCGCAGCCACUGUGCCUGCAAGACGCUCAGGAGACCAGGGCUUGGCUGGUGGCAGAGAUACCCUGACCCCCGUCACCCCCCCUCCCUUUCCGGGAUGGGGGGUCAUCGGCAAAGUGGGCUUUGGUGCGGCAGGUCGUCCUCGCCACGGGAGAGCGGGGUGAGGGGCUCCGGCAGGGCGGGCAGGAGAAGUGCCUCUGGCCGUUAUCGGCGUUGCUGCGAGGUCAGAGGAGCGGGGUGUUUGCCAAUCCACAGGAAGGAGCGCAGUAUUCGCGUAAGGGAAGUGAAGACACUGCCGUUGCCUCAGGAGAAGCCACAAACCCUGGGGGAACCUCCAAAAGAGCGACGUAGAGGGUGAGGGAGCAGAGAGCCGCUGGCGAGGGUCCCGGGCUGCCUGGAGACACAGAGCAGCAGCAUGAAGCGCCUGCUCCUGAGCUCGGUCCUGCUGCUCCUGCUGCUGCCCGAUGCUGCCAGAGGACGGGAGAGCUGUGAUGCCCUGAAAAGGGGGGACAACAGCUACAGCUGCUGUAACACCACCGUCAACCCAGAGGAAGAAGGCAGAGUGAACGUGAUGCUGUUUGCCUGGUGCAAGGAGCUGCAGCAGGCCAGGAACCUGGCAUGCAGGUGUCUGAGGGAGAAGACGCACAGGUUUUUGCAAUCUGCAAGCUUCUCCACCAGCAAGAAGAUAGCAGGGGUGAAAGCGCUGCUGGUGAACAUCAGCAGAGCCAUCCUCCACAAUGAUGUCAUCUUCUCCUUCUCCCCUUCAGAGGGCCCCAAGAGGAUUAACUCAACGGAGAGGGGGAACACAAGCAAAAUCCGACUCCCCAGGGAGCUAUUUCAGUCCAUGAGCAGCCAGACAGCCCAAGUGGUAGUAAUGGUGCUCAACACCAAGCAGCUCUCCAUGUUCAUGGAGACCAACCGGACACAGCACAUCCUGGACAACACAGUGGUGGGCAUCACAGUGGUAGACGUGAGGGUCACUGGACUCCGGGACCCUGUGCAGCUCACCUUCACCCAUAGGCAGUUGCCAAACAGUGUGCGCCCCCAGUGUGUCUUCUGGGAUCCCAGCAAAGGCCAGGGAGGAGGCUGGAACACCAGUGGAUGUAUCACUCAGCUUGGGGACAAGGGGACAGUCUGCUCCUGCAACCAUCUGACCUUCUUCACUCUUCUCCUGAGUUCAACUCUGGACAGGUCCACAGCACGGGCCUUGAUGGUUAUUGCAAAUGUUGGCUGUGGGGUAGCCGUGGCUUCCUCAGUCUUCUCCAUUGUCUUCUACAUCUUCUUAAGGUGUGUGUACAAAAAGUUCAAGUCAGACAAAACCAUCCGGAUCAACAUGGCACUGCACAUGAACCUCAUCAGCAGCCUGUUUCUUUUCAACCUGACCUUCCUGUUCAACAAUUGGAUCCCUAGUAUGAGCCUGCCAGGGCUGUGCAAAGGUCUGGGGGGCUUCACUCACUACUUCCUGCUCUGCUGUUUCACCUGGAUGGCUCUGGAAGGCUGUCAUCUCUACCUCCUCUUUGUCAAAGUGCUUGGCACCUACAUCCGCCACUACCUGGUGAAGCUGUGCGUCAUCGGCUGGGGUUUCCCUGCUCUUGUGGUCAUUGUAGCAGGAAGCAUUGGCAGCUAUGGAAAAUACAGCAUUCAGGAUAUAGAUAACCAGCCCAUAUUCUCCUUGUGCUGGAUCAAUUCUGAGCAUGUCAUGGUCCACUACAUCACAAAUUGUGGCUACUUUGGCCUCAUCUUCCUCUUCAACACAGUGAUCUUUGGGGUUGUGGCCUGGAAGAACUACCACCUGCAGAGCUCCAGGCCUGCGAAAGAGAAUAAGGAGGCUUGGAAAACGGGCCUGAUGGCAGUAGGACUUUUCUGCUUACUGGGAGCCACCUGGGCUUUGGCAUUUCUCACCUAUGGCAACACUUCUGUGCCCACACGCUACCUCUUCACCAUCCUGAACUCCCUUCAAGGUCUCUUCAUAUUCAUCUGGCUGGUUGUCCUGUACUAUCCAAAGGAAGAAGAAACAGCUGGCUCCUCCUCCCAUAUCAUCAGAAAUGACAAAACCACAACCGUUUCCCAGGACUAGCUGGUUAGCUGGAUGUCCCUCCCUGCCAUUGAGUGUACCUACUGCAAGCAAGCUUCUGUUUUAAGGGAUCUAGCUUCUGUCUGGAAAGCGUGAACUGGGAAAGCAGCUGGGGACCCUGGCAGAGAAGCAUGGCUCCAGAGUCCUCACAAGUGCCUCAGUUUCCCUUUCAGUGGGGGCGAGCCCCCAUAGCAUGGCACUUUGCUUUGAUUGCUUUUUCCAAGUAGUCUGCCUUGGGCAGCGUGAAGCACCUCAUGCGAGGAGCUGUGGAUACAUCCUUUCUGCUCAAGUCAAUCCGGGUAGCAACUUUCAUAUGACUUCAGAAGUGGCCCUCAGCUUUCAUUUCCUAGGAAUGCUGCCAGGAGAGCAGAGAACCUAUGAGCUGUCUGCAUUCAACCUGGAUGGAGCAGUCUCAGUUUUAGCUCCUUACUGCCAGCAGAACAAAUUUUGGCACUGGACAAGCCUAGAGAUUGGUUUUACUGCUGUACCCAGACUCUGCAAAUUAUUUGAGUCAGGGGGAAUUUACUUGCCCAGAGCCAGGAGAUUCAGGUCUGGAGAUUAGCAAAAAAGCUAAACCCCAUAGACUUCUCAUUAACAGCUUCCAAAUGAAUCAUGACGGAUUUUUUAGAGCAAGGGCUAUGCUGUACUUCCAAGUCCAAGGGCUGCUGUACUUAAAAUCAUAGAAUCAUAGAAUUGGUAAGCUUGGAAGGGACCUCUGGAGAUCAUCUAGUCCAACCUCCCUGCUCAAGCAGGAUCAUCUAGAGCAUGUUAGACAGGGUUGCAUCUGGGCGGGCUUUGAAUAUCUCCAGAGAAGGAGAUUCCAUAACCUCUCUGGGCAUCCUGUUCCAGUGCUCUGUCACUCUCACAGUGAAGAAAUCCUGCAAGACAUUUUCUGCAACACGUAACGAUCUCAGUGAGGAUACUUUAUUUCAGCACUUCGAGUGUUAGGCAGCUGCAAUUCCCAAGAACUCAGCCAGCUGCACUGUGGCUCCUUAGAGCUGCACUGGGUCCUUCAACGUUUGCCUGAGUGUCUGCCCAUAAAUACGCAAUCAUCUUGCCAGAGAAAACAGUUGUCUCUUCUGUAUUUGUGCCUUAGUAUUAAAUCUCUAUCAGCUGUUUAA